UCACUCCUCCACACCAAACCACACCAAUCAAGCUCCACCCCAACCAUUAAUGGAGGAAAGCAAUAAGCUCAUCAACCUCUCAAAGCACCUAUCUUUCCACUACUCCCACCAUGAUCAUCCCCACUCCACCUUCCUCCUUUUCCUCCUAACUCUCACCACCUCCCUCCUCGCAGCCUUCCUCUUCUCCCUCCGCCGCCGCCGGCCAACCUUCCUCCUCGACUUCUCGUGCUUCAAACCUCCCCGCCACUGCCGCGUCCCCUUCUCGUGCUUCGAAGAGCACGGGCGGCUCAUCCUCGGCAAGGAGCUCGGACUCUUCAUGCUCCGCGUGCUCGAAAAAUCCGGACUUGGAGAGGAGACUUGUCUCCCCGUUACGGCGCAUUACAUCGACCCCGUCCCCGUGCCGACGCUCACCGGCUCCCGGGACGAAGCAGAGCUCGUCAUCUUUUCGGCGGUCGACGAUGUGCUGCGGAAGACCGGCGUGCGGCCGUCGGAGAUAGAUAUACUGAUUAUAAACUGCAAUAGUUUCUUCCCCAUGCCUUCCCUCACCGCCAUGGUUGUUAACCGUUAUAAGCUCAAGAGCAAUGUCAAAAGCUUCAAUCUUUCCGGUAUGGGAUGCAGCUGUGGGCCCAUCUCGGUUGGACUUGCUAAGAAUCUUUUUGAGGCGAACCCAAACUCCGGACUGGCUUUGAUUGUCUCGACCGAAAUCAUAACUUCCCCGGCCUGGUACAAAGGCCGGGAACGCUCCAUGCUCGUCUCCAACUGCCUCUUUCGCAUGGGCGGCGCCGCCAUCCUCCUCUCCAACAUCCCAUCUCACCGCCGCCGCUCCAAAUACGAACUCCUCCAUGUCCUCCGCACCCAUACUGGCGCUCACGACUCCUCUUACCGCUGCCUCUAUCAAGUCGAAGACUCCGAAGGCUGUCUCGGCAUCUCCCUCUCCAAGCAAGUCAUGGAAUUCUCCGCCGUAGCUUUAAAACAGCACCUCACCCGCCUCGGCCUCCUCGUCCUUCCUUGGGAAGAGAAGCUCCGGUUUUUAUUCUCCCGCUUGUUCCGUAAGAGGAAGGUCGGCGGUAGCGGCGGAGGCUACGUGCCAGAGUUUCGCAAGGCGUUCGAGCACUUCUGCGUGCACGCAGGAGGGAAGGCGGUGGUCGACGGAGUGAAGAAGAGUUUGGGGUUGACGGAGGAGGAGGUGGAGGCGUCGAGAAUGGCUUUGCAUAGGUUCGGAAAUACGUCAAGCAGCUCGGUGUGGUAUGAGUUGGGGUACUUGGAGGCCAAGGGGAGGAUGAAGAAGAAGGAUAGGGUUUGGCAGUUAGGGUUGGGGAGUGGGUUUAAGUGCAAUACUGCGGUUUGGAGGUGCCUUAGGGAUGUGGAAGGGAAGGAGGAAGGAGGGGUUUGGAACGAUUGUAUUGAUAGGUAUCCUGUUCCUAUGGUGGCAUGAGAUAUAUAUGAUUAUAUAUAUUUGGGAAACAUAUUGGAUUAGAAUAAUUCUAAUUAAAUUGUUAUAUUUUGGGUGCAAUUAAAAAUUGAAAAAUAAUAUUAUUUCUUUA